AUGCGUGUCGCGACUGGUAUCGCUGUUCUCUUGAGCGCUUCCUCAACUGCUCUGGCGACUUGUUAUUUCCCCAAUGGCAAUGAGGCGGAUUCUGACACUGCCUGUAAUCCAAACGCGAUAGUAUCAUCGUGUUGUUAUGACAAUCAGGCCUGCCUCUCAAAUGGACUCUGUGUAUCCGAUCCUCACGAUCCUGUAAAGGCGCGAUACCAUCGAGGGACAUGUACAGAUGAAGCAUGGAAGAGUGGGAACUGUGUCCGACAAUGUCUUGACAUCGAAGAUAACGGAGCGCCAGUUUACAGCUGUAAUGCCACUGAUACCAAUUCAUAUUGCUGUGGUGACGACUGUGAAUGCAAGAACCCCUUCGAGGUCUUCUCUUUCAAUCAGUUACCCGCCGAUGUCUACACCAUGACCAUCAUCCUUGAGUCGUAUACUCAGACCCAUACUUCGACGCCAUCAGCUACGUCCACACCGAGUGCAUCUGCCAGCGCGACUUCUGUCCCAUCGACUUCGGCAACUGCUACAACAGCCCCAGAUUCUAAAGGAGGAUCAACAAACAACGUCGCGCUCGGAGUAGGUUUGGGAGUAGGUCUUGGCGUGGGCCUACUCGCGGCCCUCAUUGCUGCCUUCUUCCUUUGGCGCCGCAAGAAAGGAUACAAGCCCGCAAACGACGGCACUGAAAGUCCCUUGGAGUUGAGCAAUGAGGGAUUCUUGCCUCCCCAGGAAAAGUAUGCGUACAAUCGUCAGACCGAAAUGCCAGGAGACACCGCCCCUGUUGAGCUGCCCGCAACACCACACGAGCCCAUCGAACUAGCCAGUCCUAGUUCUACCAACCCAACACCAAGUGCGGGAACGACCACCAAGUAUCAAUAA